AUGUACAGUGACACAGUCUGUAAGAUAGAGGUGAGCUCUCAUAUGUACAGUGACACAGUUUGUAAGAUAGAGGUGAGCCCUCAUAUGUACAGUGACACAGUCUGUAAGAUAGAGGUGAGCUCUCAUAUGUACAGUGACACAGUUUGUAAGAUAGAGGUGAGCCCUCAUGUGUACAGUGACACAGUCUGUAAGAUAGAGGUGAGCUCUCCUAUGUACAGUGACACAGUCUGUAAGAUAGAGGUGAGCUCUCAUAUGUACAGUGACAUAGUCUGUAAGAUAGAGGUGAGCUCUCCUAUGUACAGUUACACAGUCUGUAAGAUAGAGGUGAGCUCUCAUAUGUACAGUGACACAGUCUGUAAGAUAGAGGUGAGCUCUCAUAUGUACAGUGACACAGUCUGUAAGAUAGAGGUGAGCUCUUAUAUGUACAGUGACACAGUCUGUAAGAUAACGGCAAGCUCUUAUAUGUACAGUGACACAGUCUGUAAGAUAGAGGUGAGCUCUCAUAUGUACAAUGACACAGUCUGUAAGAUAGAGGUGAGCUCUCCUAUGUACAGUGACACAGUCUGUAAGAUAAAGGUGAGCUCUCAUAUGUACAGUGACACAGUCUGUAAGAUAGAGGUGAGCCCUCAUAUGUACAGUGACACAGUCUGUAAGAUAGGUGAGCCCUCAUAUGUACAAUGA